UCGAUUUUACUCUACCCGAAGUAAUUGCUAUAAAAGAAUUGACCAAGGCAUAUGUGAAAAAAAUAUAUGCUAAAUUAUUUCCAUGCACACGCGCAACAUCUUACACUAUUUAGAAUUAGUUUUUAUACAGGAAAGAUACAGUUUUCAUGCAUGUUAGAUACAUGACUAUGUCGAUUUAAAGAUUUGAAAAUUAGAUAAAAAGGUUUCCCGUUACAAUGUACGUCACUGAUUAAAUUAAGUUCACCUUUGAUUAUUGAUAAAAAGGAGCGCGCAUGCUUGCAAGGAACUAUUUUUUCUAUCUUCCUACCUGCAUGAUGAUUUAAGAAUAUAUUGCUAGAAUCAAACUCAUUGUUCGAAGCUGUCAUAGAACGAAUCUGACACAGGUUAACUUCACAUGGCAUCAAACGAUCAACUUGUCUGCGAACCAUGUUCAAGAGGUGAUACUGUCUCAUAUGGUUACAGCUGGUGUUCUGACUGUGAUGAAAUAUUAUGUGCCGUUUGCAACAAAGCUCACCGAGUAGGUAAGCUGACUAUGUCACACCAUGUUACCGAGAUACACGACUUACCGGUUAUUCCGAAAGAAACUGUCAUCAAAUUACGUUUCUGUGAUAUUCAUCCAGAAAAGAUCGUUGACUUUUAUUGUUCAUUUCAUGACGUCGUUUGUUGUCAUACAUGCAUUCUUCAAAGUCAUCGAGCAUGUGAGAAGAUUGAAUUAAUUGAUGAUGUGUCUAGUGGAAUCAAGUCGUCAGCAAUAGUUGAAGAUGUAUCAAAAGCAGUGUCUUCGUUAUUGAGAACUUUUGACUCAGUAAAAGAAAAUCGCAAAAAUAACAAAGAGUCGAUAUAUUCGCAAGAAACAAUGUGUAAAACAUCAAUUGUCAAGCUUAAACAAUGUCUACUGCAACACGUUGAUUCGCUUGAACAAUCUCUUUUCUCUAAUUUAGCAAAACUAAAAGACGAAACUUUAUCACAGCUUGAUGCUGAGAUAACAGAGGCAAACGCAAUGAAUGAAUAUAUGCAGAAGACAAAGCAAGAUCUUGAUUUCAUUAUGAAGCAUGGUUCUAAUAGCCAAUUGUUUCGUUUAGUUGAAAAAUCGAAAAAUAAAAUAUCAGAAGUAGAAGCGAGACUGCAAGACAACUUAAUAAAAACGACGAAUGUUGCUCUGAAAUACAUUGUCAAAGAAGACUUGUCCAACAUUAUAUCAGCCCUUUCUUCAAUAACUAUACAGAACCAGCCGUGUGAUAUCGAACAUAUCUCUCAGUUGCAAAAGAAAGCUCAGUUUGUUCCUGCCGUGUUAUCACUAACGUUUAAUGAACCUAUUUAUUUAGCGUUACACGAAACUGGCUCAAUAUCGGGAAUCGAAUUGACAAGCAACAAUGUAUUACUCUUAUGUAGCUAUUUUGCAAACACAAUACUUCAGUAUAAUGAUGAUGGUACUUUUAUACAGAAAAAGGACUUAGAUAACCGUCCAUAUCAAAUAAAAAUCAUGCCUAAUAAUGAACAGGCCGCAGUUACAAUGCCAUUAAAGAGUAGCAUUUUGAUCAUCGAUGCUGUCAGUUUAUCUUCCAUUCGAGAAAUAAAUACUGAGAAAAAUUAUUAUUCUAUAGAAACAUUCAAUAACGCUUUUAUUGUCGGUGGAGAUGGUGUUUUGGACAUAAUAACAAUGGACGGUAAAGUUAAUCGAACGAUUGAAGUGCCCAAAAAAGGCCACAUUCGUUGUAUAGUUAAAAGGCGAGACGACACAAUUCUUUACACGAACUACCGUAAGCUUUACUGCAUUCGGUUAUUUGAUGAUACAAGUGUAUUUAAAUACACCGCGACAAAAGAAGCACGUGGUGUAGUUGAAGAUAGAUAUGGAUGUAUAUAUGUUGCUGACAAAAAAAGUAAGAAUAUUCAUCGGCUUGCUCCAGAUGGUUCAUUCAUUGACAUUAUUGUUACUAAUGGUAACAAAGAAUGUUUUGAUUCCCCGCUUGCCUUGCGAUUUAGUCCAGAUUUAAGUAAAUUGUAUGUUGGAUUGGACGAAAAUAAGACGUUAUUGGUUUACAAGUGCAAAUAGUUAUUAGAAGAUGCAGUUGCUUUUGCUACUAAGAAAUAUUUUAAUAUACAAGUAGAAUAAUAUGUAACCUUGAAAUUUCUGUAAGGAUCUAACAUUUCAUAAAAGAUUUUUGAAUUUU